GACCGAGAGUGACGCAAAAAAAGAGAGGCCAUUAUUGCUCUUGCAAAAAUAAAUUAAUUUGUAAGAGGUUUCACUGUAGACUGCCCGGUGGGAAUUUAAUAUUCUGCAGUGACAUCAAAAUUGAACACUUUUGGGGAAAACACACUAAUUUAAAUCACUUGAGGCGGAGAUGGACUUGUAUGGCAAGAUGGCUGCCACUCAGGAUGUAAAAGGGAAGGGAGAGGGAGGAGACCAGAACUUUGACUACAUGUUCAAGCUGCUGAUCAUCGGCAACAGCAGCGUGGGCAAAACGUCUUUCCUGUUCCGCUAUGCAGACGAUGCCUUCACUUCGGCCUUUGUCAGCACGGUGGGCAUCGACUUCAAAGUGAAAACCGUGUACAAGAAUGACAAGAGGAUCAAACUACAGAUCUGGGACACAGCGGGCCAGGAGCGCUACAGAACCAUCACCACUGCCUACUACCGCGGAGCCAUGGGCUUCAUCCUCAUGUAUGACAUUACCAACGAGGAGUCCUUCGGUGCUGUGCAGGACUGGUCGACCCAGAUAAAAACCUACUCUUGGGAUAAUGCACAGGUGGUGUUGGCUGGAAAUAAGUGUGAUAUGGAAGAGGAGAGAGUGGUCUCGGUGGAUAGUGGCAGGCUGCUGGCAGAACAGCUGGGCUUUGAGUUCUUUGAGACAAGUGCCAAGGACAACAUCAACGUGAAGCAGACCUUUGAGCGUCUCGUUGACCUCAUUUGUGACAAGAUGUCUGAGAGCUUGGACACAGAUCCGGCCGUCACCACGGGAGCCCCCACUGCCAAACUCACAGACAGUGCUCCGCCCCUCCAGCAGCCGGGGUGCAACUGUUAGUGGUCAGCGUCAGGGGCAGAGGGAGGGCAGCUCUGAUCCUGUAGUGUGGUAGAGAGCGUGCAGAGUUUUGUUUUCAGGCAGCAGCAGUGUCUCCCCUCCUAGUGCUGCUUUCUCUGGACUAGAAGUCACACUUUGUUUAGUAGUAGACUUAACAAAAUUCUGAUGUAUCAUCUCACUACUUUUAUCACCCAUAUAUCAAGCAAAUAAUCAGACAAAUGGACAUACAGACACGGCUAUUGUAAAAUGCGUACUAUUACAGGAUAUCUAGGAUAUACUGUUAGAGACAUCACAGGCAUCUCAUUCCUCUGCGACUUAAUACGCUUGUAAACCAAGUACCUUGGAUAAUGCUGGAUAAGACUUAGUUUUAGAACAUAGUCUAUAGUCAUGCUGUAUCGUUAAUCUUAAAGAUUAAUGGCACAGCUGUACAAUUGAUAUUAAAAUCUUUAAGUCUUAGAAUAAUAAUAAAAUGGGGGAUCAGUGUGCUUUAAUUUAAUAUUUCAGCUAUCUCUUUUAUUUUGUUUUGAGUGUUUAUUUUCCUUUUAUAGGUCUAUUUUAUCUCCUAAAGCUGCCAAAUCUAUGAUUUAGUGCCCUGUAUAGGAUGUAGCAGCUUUCUUUUGUGCAGUGUGCUAGUGUAAUGAAUGUGUGGCUGUUUGUAUAGUGUGCGUGGGUCUGCAUGAGUGUGACUAUUCUGUUUGAGUCAUAGACGUGUGCAUUUUGUUGAUUAAAAAUCAUCUACCUUGGAUAAAAAAGUGGCCUUUUAGCAUCUCCAACACGGCCUCUGUAAGUUCCUUUGUCUUGCAUACUUUUGGAAUGAAUUCAGUAUGUAUAAUGUUGAUGUGAGUACUAAAACAUGUUUUGCUGUCUGUAGAUGUGUGAUUCCUCCAACGAGUAUAUCUGUAAAUCUUAAAAGCAACUAGUUAUUUGUGCUUAGCCUCUAAGAUGACCCUUUAUAGUGCGAUGCGAUGAGCAUGCUGCCAAAAAAAAAGAAAAUCAAUCAUCUGUGCCGUUUUAACCCAAGCCCUCUAGUAAUAAGCCUUACCUAAAGAAUCAUCACUUUACUGUAACCCCAGAGCCACCCCAACCUGCUCCAUGUUAUAGCACUGAUCCGUCAUUUCCAGUAAAUACAGUAGAGUGUAUGAUGUAGAACAGAAAAUACUAAUGAUCAGCUGUGGCAUGGAAUAAACAGCCAUAUAUUAAGAUGUUUAAGUUUUGAGUCAGCAUGCCCAUAUUUCAUGUUCCUUGUAUAAAAUUAAGUCCCUCUCAAAAAACAAAACAAAUGAAACAAACAAAAAAAAAACAAAAAAAACAAAAAAUUGUUGCCUCACUGAGCUGUGCUGGAAACAUUAUAGCAUCACAGACUCACAAAACACUUCCAUUAGCAGACAUAUAGUGGUUUACUGUCAACUUAAAUCUAUAUAAUAUAAAAAAUACUUGCCUAUUUUGAAAGCCAGUAAGCUCCCUAGAGCACCUGCAUUUCAUAUGACACAGUCGUGCCAAAAACAUAGCUAUUCAUUUUACAUCGUCACAUGUUUUUUUCAUCGCUAAAUAAAAGUUCCAAAAAAUUGCAUGAAGUCAGUACUGACUUAUCUAUGUAGAUUUAUAUUCUAAGAUUGUGUAUAUAUCACUCUGUGUUACAGAUUUAGGAGCAUUGUCAUAGCACUUGCUAUGAGAUGCAAUGGGCCAAUAAGUGCAAUAUUUUAUGAAUUAAUCCCUGUACAUAGUUUCUCCCCUACCCCCUAAGUACAAUAGCUAUAUCUGCAGUAUGUGAGUGACAGUUUGGUCAAAUGCUGAUGUUGGGCAGAAUGGCACUGCAAAUGAUGUACAAUCUCUGGAAAGGAGUAUAUGCUUCAUUCAGUAACUGCAGCCACUGAGUGUGUGAUUUAGUGUGCGCGUGCGUGUGUGUGUAUGUGCCAUGGUGAUCACACAAAGUAUAUAGUGUAUUGUUUGUGUAUACCUUUUGUAUAAAUGUAUUCACGUACUAUAUACUGUUCCUGCUAACUGUUGGUUGUUGAUUGAACUUGUAUUAUCAUGUCAAAAUGCAGUGUUCUUGUGAAAGAUAGUCAGGGAAAAAAAAGAAAAACUUAGUCCAUGCCAUAUGCCGUACUGAUGUAAUUCAAAGUAAGAGAUACACAUAAACUAUUUCAAAGACCCUCAUGUGUGCACACGUGCUUUGCGCGUGUGCAUUGGUGUACGUGUGUUACUAUUAUUUUUUGCCAAUAGCCAUGAAAUAAAUUAUUGCAUUGACCUCAAGUCCAGACCUGGAACAGCAUUCAUUAGAUGAAAAAAAAAAAAAGAUAAUCAUGUGGCCACCCAGAGGCCACAACAGUACCUCUGGUCAGAUCUCAUUUUAGAAAACUAUGACUUGACAUAGGACUGAAUAUAUUCGUUUCUUUGAGUGCAAGCAAAGUAAAAAGUUUGUUUUUGAGAUUAUAGGAAAUAAAACAAAUUCUAUUCA